AUGCUCUGUGGCUCCUUCUACAGUGAUACAGUGAUUAAGCUGAAAGUGAAAGUUUUUGGCUCACAUCCUCACAUUCAUGGGGAAGUCACUGAGUCCAGACAAAUGCAAGUGGUGUGCAAGUCAGAGGGCUGGUUCCCUCAGCCAAAGGUACUUUUUCUCAACAAAAGCUUCUUUGAGGUUGAAGUCACUUUUGAUAUUGACACCAAUGGCACCUUCAAAGUCUUUGCUGGGGAUAAAACUACAGGAAAAGAGAAUAAGAUUAUCAUCACUAACCACAAGAACCAUUUGGCCAAGGAAGACAGCGAACAUAUGAUCCAAGAAGCUGAGAAGUACAAACCUGAAGAGGAGAAGCAGUGGGACAAGGCAUCUUCCAAAAAUCCACUUAAAUUAUUUGCAAUCAACAUAAAAGCAACUGCUAAAAAUGAGAAACUUCAAGUUCAGCUCAAUGAUGAGGGUAAACAGAUCAUUCUUAACAAAUGUAAUGAAAUUAUCAACUCGUUUCAUAAGAAUCAGACUGCAGAGAAGGAAGAAUUUGAACAUCAGCAGAAAAAGCUGGAGAAAGUCUGCAGCCCUAUGAUUCCCAAGCUGUCCCAGAGCAGGAGGUAA